UAAGUGCAUCAGAUAAAGAUGGAGGAAUCAAUGGCGAGGUUACAUACGAAUUUAGUCGACUCUCUGAUAAAUCUCAGUCUUUAUUUUCUCUUGAUUCAAAAACAGGGAGAGAUGAUUGUUACAGGGCAACAUAGAUUAUGAAGACAGACCGAGAUUUGAGGUUUUUGUGGAGGCAAAAGAUGGUUACGGACUUUCCACAGAGGCUAAAGUUAUCAUUGAUAUUAUAGAUGUAAAUGACAACGCCCCAGUUAUAUAUGUAAAGUCAUUGUCCAAGCCCAUACCUGAGAACAUAUCACCUAAUACAGAAGUGGGGAUCAUUAAUGUACAGGACAGAGACUCUGGGAAGUAAUCGACAGGUCAGCUGCUCCAUUCAGCAAAAUGUCCCUUUUAAGUUGGUUCCUUCUAUUAAAAACUAUUAUUCUCUGGUGACCACAGGACAACUGGACCGUGAACUAGUAUCUGAUUACAACAUUACAAUAAUUGCCACUGAUGAUGGCUCUCCACCUCUGUCCUCCUUUAAAACUAUUCAUUUAUCUGUAGCUGACAUCAAUGACAACCCACCUGCGUUUGAGGAACAGUCCUACAGCGCAUAUGUGAGUGAAAAUAACAAACCUGGCUCCUCUUUAUGUACUGUUUCUGCUCGAGAUCCUGACUGGAGACAAAACGGUACAGUGAUUUAUUCUCUGUUACCUGGUGAGGUGAACGGUGCCUCGGUGUCCUCCUAUCUAUCUGUUAAUGGAGACACAGGAGUGAUCCACGCUGUGAGGUCAUUUGAUUAUGAACAGUUCAGGAGUUUUAAAGUCCAAGUGAUGGCCAGAGACAAUGGUUCUCCUCCUCUCAGCAGCAACGUGACUGUCGGUGUGUUCAUAUCUGAUGUGAAUGACAAUUCUCCUCAGAUAUUGUAUCCCACCCCAGACAGCAACUCCUUCAUGACUGAGUUGGUCCCUAAAGCUGCACAUGGAGGGUCUCUGGUGUCCAAAGUGAUAGCAGUGGACGCAGACUCUGGACAGAACGCCUGGCUAUCCUAUCAUAUAAUUAAAUCUUCAGUUCCGGGACUUUUCAGUAUUGAUCUACACAGUGGAGAACUCAGGAUUCAGCGGGACAUUUCCGAAUCUGACAGCAUGAAACAGAACCUGAUUGUUGCAGUGAAAGAUAAUGGACAGCCCUCUCUGUCUGCCACCUGUUCAAUGUUUUUACUUAUUUCUGACAACUUGGCUGAAGUGCCAGAACUGAAAGACAUUUCUUAUGAUGAAAACUCCAAUUUGACCUCUUACCUGAUCAUUGCACUGGUUUCUGUGUCCACCUUCUUUCUGACCUUCAUCAUCAUCAUCCUGGGUGUGAGGUUUUGUCGGAGGAGAAAGCCCAGACUGAUUGUUUGAUGGAGCAGUAGCCAUCCCAGGAGCUUAUCUUCCUCCAAGUUACGCAGAUGUUGACGGUACAGGAACUUUACGCAGCACCUAUAAUUAUGAUGCCUACCUGACAACAGGAUCCUAGAACCAGUGACUUUAAGUUUGUAUCAUCUUACAAUGACAACACGCUGCCUGCUGACCAGACUCUGAAGAAAAGUUCGACAGAAUUAUCAGAUG